AUGUCUGUGACCUUUGCUCUCUUGCUCCUCCUGAGCCAGGCCACUGCUGACCCAUGCUAUGAUUCAGGGGGCUACCCUCGCUUCUGCCUCCCACCAGUGACCCAGCUGGCCAGCAUGGCAGCCUCCUGUCCUCAGGCCUGCGCCUUCUCCCCAGGGAACAGCCUUAGCCCUGGGGGCAUCUGCAAUGGCAGCCUGACCCUGGCCUUGGGUGGCCCCUUCCUCCUGACAUCUGUCAGCCUGCGCUUCUGUACUCCAGGAACCCCAGCCCUAGUCCUGUCGGCCGCCUGGGCUGCUGGGGGUCCCUGGAGGCUGCUGUGGCGAAGAUCUGCCUGGCCUGGGGCUUUGGGGGGCCCUGAAAGGGUGACCUUCCACUCCAUGCCAGGCCCUAAGGCCAGUAUGGCAGCCAGCCACCUCCGAGUGGAGUUUGGAGGCCGAGCAGAGCUAGCAGCAGCUGGGCUGAGAGGCCGCUGCCAGUGCCACGGACACGCGGCCCGCUGCGCCGCCCGGGCCCGGCCCCCCCGCUGCCGUUGCCGCCAUCACACCACUGGCCCAGGCUGCGAGAGCUGCCGCCCAUCCCAUCGUGACUGGCCAUGGCGGCCUGCCACACCAACGCACCCCCAUCCUUGCCUACCCUGCUCCUGCAACCAGCACGCCCGACGCUGCCGGUUCAACUCUGAGUUGUUCCGGCUGUCAGGUGGCCUGAGUGGUGGUGUUUGUGAGCGGUGCCGCCACCACACAGCUGGGCGGCACUGCCACUACUGCCAGCCAGGGUUCUGGAGGGAUCCCUCACAGCCUAUCACCAGCCGCAAGGCCUGCAGGGCCUGCCAGUGCCACCCUAUUGGGGCAACAGGAGGCAACUGCAACCAGACCAGUGGGCAGUGCUCCUGCAAGUUAGGGGUCACAGGUCUGACAUGCAACCGCUGUGGUCCUGGCUACCAGCAGAGCCGCUCCCCCAGUAUGCCCUGCCAGCGAAUUCCAGAGGUAACGACCACUCUUGCUACUACUGCUGGUGUUUACAGCUCAGAUCCUCAGUGUCAAAACUACUGCAAUAUCUCGGACACCAGGGUGCAUAUGAGCCUUUGGACUUACUGCCAGCAGGACUAUGUUCUCCGGGCGCAUGUGCUGGCGUCCGAGGUGGGAGACCAGGCGUGGCGGCAGCUGGCUGUGCGUGUGUUGGCAGUGUACAAGCAGCCAGCACGGCCUGUGCGCCGUGGCGACCAGGACGCCUGGGUACCCCAAGUCGACCUGGCCUGUGGCUGCCUGCGCCUGCGGCCAGGCACCGACUACCUGCUGCUGGGCAGCGUCAGCCGCAGCCCAGAUCCGGCGCGCCUCGUUCUCAACCGCCACGGCCUUGCUCUUCCCUGGAGGCCGCUCUGGGACCGGCCGUUGCGGCAGCUGCAGCAGAAGGAGCGUGCUGGAGGCUGCUACGACCUGAGGCCUCAGACUCCAAGGCCAAGGCCAGAGCUGGGGCUGCCUUGA